CUCGCUAGGUUUGCCAAACCAGCUACCCAAAACCCCUUAUAGAAAAAAAAAAUAACCCCUCAUCUUCUCUCAUACAAGCUCUUCUUUAACAAUGGCUGCCGGUUCUUCACGGUCAAAGAGAUCAAGUGGUCCUGUCUUACGCUCUCUAUCACCAAGUGGAAGAUUACAAACACACAACAAUUACAGUCUUUCAUCUUCUUCAUCAGCUUCUGCCUUUGCAUCCUCAACAAGCUCAAGUUUCUAUUCUCCACCAUCCGCAUUUUUUCAGAAUUCUCAUCAGCGAUCAGCGUCUCCGACACGCGUCAAUCUUUACUCAUCAUGUCCUCCUCUUUCUCCUUCUUUUCGUUUCUCUAUUGACCGAUCUACCUCUCCUAAUCGGUCAAUAUCCGUUUCGAAAAAGAAUCACAGCCAUCCGAUCUCGGCGCCGAAGAGGACAUGUAUGUGUUCUCCUACAACACAUCGAGGCUCGUUCCGGUGCAGUUUGCAUAAGAACAGUUCGAGUUCUUCUAAUCCGGCGAUGUUCACUCCUCAUCGUUUGAAUAUGAGGCGGUCCGCGAUGACGAAUUCUCUGGUUAGAAUCGGUGGUGUUGAAGGCGAGUGGGUGAAGAGAGCGUUGACGGCUUUGAUUAGGCCUUCAUCGCAUCAGCAACGGAGGCGAGGCGCCUUCCAGCCGCGGCAGAGUCGGUUAUCAAUUAUGUCUAAAGCCGAUGAUGGAAUUUGUUGAUUUUUCUGGCGGUUUUAACCACAGGUUGGUGUUCUUGGUUUCUUUCAUUUUUUUGUGGUCAAGGUGUGCAUAGCUGCGUCAACUCGCUCGGGACCGAGUCGGAUCGGCGGGGUGGACACUGUUGCAUAGAUCUACGACGAGUUUGGGGCUGAGUUAGCUCGGAUGAGUUAGAUUUUGUGUUGGACUUUUGAUUGGAAGAGAGAAUCCUUUUUAUUGUACAUAUCAAUUGCCAUGGAAAGAGAUUUGAGACUUAAUUUUCUAAAA